CAGCAGCAACAGCUUCAGCAGAGACAGCAACAGUAGCAGCCGCUCUCCCCUCCUUGGGCCACUCCAGGCCCAGGCCGUGUACGUUAGGGUUAGAGGCAUCCGGACACCCUGGAUCUUUUGGAGUCCAGUUCAUCUCAUCUAUUCAUGCAGAUUUGCUAGGAUUUCUUCCAAGUUAACAAAGGCACUUUAAAACCUCCCAGGCCAACCUCAAAAGUAUUUUUUUGACCCAAAGCUAUUGCCCAGAGUCCCCGUCUGCCAUGGGUUGCCGGGAUGUCCACGCGGCCACGGUGCUGUCCUUCCUGUGCGGUAUUGCCUCUGUGGCAGGGCUCUUUGCUGGGACCAUGCUUCCUAACUGGAGGAAAUUGAGAUUAGUCACAUUCAACAAGAAUGAGAAGAACCUGACGGUUUACACCGGGCUCUGGGUGAAAUGCGCCCGCUAUGACCGGAGCAGCGACUGCCUGAUGUACGAUACAAAGUGGUAUUCCUCUGUCGACCAGCUGGAUCUGCGGGUUCUUCAGUUUGCCCUCCCCUUCAGCAUUGUCAUCGCCAUGUCGGCGCUCUUGCUGUGUCUGGUCGGGAUGUGCAACACGGCCUUCAGGUCCACCGUCCCCAACAUCAAACUGGCCAAGUGUCUGGUCAACAGCGCCGGCUGCCACUUGGUGGCGGGGCUCCUGCUUUUCUUUGCAGGCAUGGUGAGCCUCACCCCUUCCAUCUGGGUCAUCUUCUACAACAGUCACCUGAACAGGAAAUUUGAACCCGUCUUUUCGUUCGACUAUGCAGUGUACGUCACCAUUGCCAGCUCAGGGGGGCUGUUCAUGACCUCGCUCUUGCUAUUUCUUUGGUACUGCGCAUGCAAAACUCUGCCUUCUCCCUUCUGGCAGCCCCUGUACUCCCACACCCCCAGCAUGCAUAGCUAUUCUCAACCCUAUUCAGCCAGAUCUCGCCUCUCUGCCAUUGAAAUCGACAUCCCGGUGGUUACACAUGCCACUUAGUGGGAAAAGAGUCUGUUUUUAAGGAAAACUUUUAAACCAUUUACAAAGCAAUGUUGCAACCUGCACACAAUUUGUCUUGUCUCUGACUAGACAAGGUUGCCGUGGUUUUACAGUCUGAUCCAAUGAAGUAACUUAACUAUUGCUAACUAAUUUUCAUAAAAUGUACAUUUUAUUUUUUAUCCGAAGUCUUUUCUUUCGACUUGCUGCAUUCCUUUGAUAGACCCCCUGGGAAGUUUUCCCACUUCUUCUUCCAUGUUGAUAGUGGAACCUAUAUGUGUGUAUGCAUGUAUGUAUACACAUGUGUAUAUACAUGCAUGUAUGUGUAUAUACAUGUAAACAUAUCAUUAAUUCCACGGUAUAUUAAUGCUUAUGUUAAAUUGCCCUUUUUUCAAUUGGACUUUAUACAAAACAUAUGUGUAUACAAACAAAACCAUGAUCUGUUCUAGAAUUAUCAGAUCCCCCUACUUGAAAAUAUGGAACCUUUUAUUACUUCUCUUCACUCUAUAGUAAUUGUGUUCUCCUAGGAUUAGAUGUUUUAAAGAUGAUUUUGUAGUUCAAGAAUUCUUUUUAUGUGUGUUCUAUGUCAUUGCCAUGGUUCGUUUAAAGCUAAAACUCAUUUUAAGUGAUAUCAGGUAGAAUAGUCCUAAAAAUUUUUUUUUAAGGAUUGUCAGCCAUAAUAGGAAUCUGUUUCAGGUUCCUGAUUUUAUUGAAAAUUGCUGAGUUAAAUCUGUACAACACAAAACAUGAUGGUCCUACAUGCCCCCAUUGGUAAUAAGGUUUUUUUUCUCCUUUGUGACCGUCUACACAGCAGUAUUGCUGACCAUGUAGGACAUCUCCAGUGCACACAUAUACAUCUAUCAGGAUGGCAGGCCUGAGUAGGUUGUCUUUUAACAAUAAUGAUUACUGGAGACAGGAAUCACUUUUCUUUACUGAGCUUGUUGUCAACAAUAAAAUUAAAAUAUAGUCAUUGUGGUCAAGCUCUUUGAAUGAGAAAAUGGUGAGGGGGUUAAAGUUUUGGCAGCAUUUUGCCAUGCUUUUACUUGUCCAGGAUUGCUACUUAUCGUUGACACCAACCAGUUAAGGAGUAAGUGGUCAUUAAGAACCUGCCUGCUGCCCGAUGCUGAGUGAAGCACCAUGGGGGUUACAAGGGAAGACGUCACUUCACCAGCUAUGAAAAGGAGUUAGGUUAGGUCAUCUCUAACGUAGUCUGGGGUCCACGUACCUCCUGAAGGAGUCCAUGGAUAGAUUUCAGUCUGUGAACUUGUCUGAGAAAAAAAAAAUUCCAUCUUCAUUUUUCACUAACCUUUAACUGAAAUUUAGCGUUUCCUUCAAUUGUUUAAAAAUAUAAUUCUGAAAAGGGGUCCAUAAGUUUCACCAGACUACCAAAGUGGGUCCAAGACACAAGACUGACUAAGAACCCCGGUCUAUAAGGUUUCUUCUUUCUCUUUGAGUUCUGCGAUACCUCCUCUGACCUCAAAAAAGUUUUAGCUGAGUUGAGUCAGGACUAGCACAGAGAACUGAAAAAUAGUGCAGCUUCAUUGAUCACCAUGGCCAGUGGGUCUUAAUUAUCAGAUAAUGGUGAUACAAUUACAUUUGAAGAGCACCUUAAAGUACCUUCACGAACAUCUAAUUUGAUGAAAAGUGAUGGAGACUUGGGAAUGUGGUAUAGAGUAUUCAAUGGGUGAAGAGUCAGGGAACCUGGGUUCGAUUCCUGAUUCUGCUCUUUUUACUUGGGCAUGUACCACACCUCUCUGGACCUCUUUCCUAAUUUGUAAAAUGAGGGGGUUGGAUCUAGCAACCUCUAAGUCCCUUCCGGAGCUCUGAUCAUGUGCUGAGGGACGUUGCACUUGAUGCCCUAGUCCAUCCAGUUUUAGAUAGGCUUAAAAUUCUAGUCCCUAGCAGUAACAUGGAGACUGGAUAUUGAAGUCCUACUAAGUGAGGACUAUUAGGCCAGAUGUGUGGGGAAAGGGUUAAAGUUAGUAGAGAAGUCAAAAUCCUUUCUUGGAAAAAAUGGUAAGUCUCUUAGGAGAGUGAAAAGUUUAAAAUCCAAGAGACUCUUUCUAGGAUACUUGUCUUAUGAAAGUAAAUCAGCCAUGUGAUCAAAGUAGAAAAAUUCAGGGAUGUUGGUUUUUUGGAAUACUUGCAUUCAGGCUACUGAAUCAAUUGUACAGUUGGAUAAUUUGUCACACCGACAAAUUACUACUGUGUUCAUAAGGAGUUUGUGGUACUACCUGAGACUGAAUUUACAGAAAACUAGGUACAUUGUACACAAACAAUUAUAUCUUUGUGAAAAUUUGGGUAUAAUUUUGGCAGGGUUUGUUUUUUUAAAGAGCCCAGCUGUAUUUUGUAUAAAUAUAUAUAGUAUAUAGUAGAGAAAUGCAAACAUGUAGCUUCUUGAAGUACUGUCAUUUUUAAAAAAAAAAGCAUGUUAAGCUGUUGUUCUCAGGUGAUGGUGUCUGACUUUCAACUCAACCUUUCUCUGCUGUUUUCGAAUAUGUCCAACUCUUAACCAUCCAAGCCAUUGACAUUGGUGCAGUCACGAAGAGCAAUGAUAAUUGAAAUUUUGAGCUAAUUCUGAACUCUCGUAUUGAAUACCUUCUUUGUGUCCAACACCAGGUUCUGGUUUUGGAACAACAGGGAAGAGCAAGUAGCCUUGGGGAAGCCUAUAAGUUUCUGGGGCACCUGAGUAAAUUGGUGUUUAAGGCAACAGUAGGCACCUCCGCUUGUUGGGCAUAGAUUUAAAUUGUUUAAUGUUUCGGUCUGUGGCAUCUCAAACAUAUGCUAAACAUCUCUUCUGAUCUCUUUCUGUAUUUCCUGCCGCUGUCUGUCAUCACUGUUUACUCGGGAGCCACAAAGCAGAGGCAGCAGCUGUUCUCUUGUUGUCUCUUUUUUUUUUUUCUGAUUAUUUCAAAUUUGCCAGUGAAUGUUUCCCAAGAUGUGAUCAUCAACGUCUCUUCUUCCUUGGGGCCAUCUUGAGAAAGUGAGCCUUUUGGCAAUUUCUUUCUUUCUUUCUUUUUUUAGCCAUAUCUUCUUUUUGAGAUUUCUCAUCAGAUUAUCAUUGUUUGGAGGAGGGAGAGAGAGAAUCUCUUUCUGUGCUAAAGGCCUAUUGAUGCGCUACUACUGUGCUGUCUAUCACAAAAGACAGCUUAGAAAACUACCUUAAAUGUUUCCCAGUGUGCCAUAUUUGGUUUGUUUCACUAUGGAAAUUUUCCUUGCUAAUAUUUGUAAAUGUAAGAUAAAAGUACAAUACAUUUUCUGUAAACUGUGAGGUGACUUCUAGAUCCACCUAAUUCUGAGCCCUAUUUCUGUAUGUUUAUUAAAAGAUGUAUUUUUACAAACUUU